CAUCAACUUUUCCUGACUAGUAUCUCUUAAUAUGAAGCAGAAUUGUCCAAGAUUUCAUUAGCAGACGGACGAAUUCAUCAGGAAAAAGAGUGUCGAGGUAAAGUCACCCUCUUGGACCCUCUCUGUUCCUCUUUUUCCAUCCCGCUUUUUUUUCUCCUCACGCGAUCAACCCCUCACAUUCCCAUCCUCAUCUCUCUCUUCCUUCUUCUUCCUCUUCCUUUUCCUCACCCGACCUUUCCCUCUACCACUCCCACAGCCUCUCUCACCAUGUCUACCGACUCCCGCGAUGAGGCUAUCCGGGAGGCAAAGCGAUAUGUCCGUGAUACUGUCCGCAACGACUGGUCCUUUGAGUUUUCGACCAAACCCGGUGCCCCUCCACCCACCUACCCUGCAAGCCCAGACCCCACGGACGUUUUAGAAUGGCGACUUCGCGAGUACGAUAGCUCUGGAUCCGAGCUGGAGCCCCAGUUAUCGCCCACAGUGGGCCCAGUUCCUUACGGCCGUCUCCCCAGCCCUCUUACAGCAUCGUCCUCCUCCUCGGAGGCACGUCGAACAGAACGACGGCGCAAACGCCGCAGGCAGAUGGAGGAGGAAAUGAGCUGGAAUGAAGGACUACGCACAUGGGUAGAGAGGCGAGAUGCAUGGUCUGGCGCUCGAUCGAGAGAACAAACCAGAGCGCUGGAGCAGAAAGACCAGUCGGACCCUACAAGCUCCAGCGAGCUGGAGACUCCUACUGCCGACACAGAUAUUGCUUCGGAUGCGUCUCAACCCAUCCCCGGUCCAGGCCCGGGAGAACCGUCCAACCUUGUAUCCAGAAUGGAGAACGCUUUGAAGAUCGCCGAGAAGGAAGAGAACGGAGCCAAUGCGUCGCAUCAGGAUCACGACGGGGAGGGCCAGUCUACCAUGGCCUCCCCAUCCGCCGCUAUCCCUGCCUCCACUCCUACCACGACACCUACUACCUCAACAACUAUACCAACUCCAAGCUCUGCAAACGCCGCCCCGACACCUCCAAUCUCACCGCUCGAAGACUUCGAAGACCCUCUCAUUCCCGUCGUACCAUCUCUAAUCUCAACCUCCAACCCCAUCCGUGCCUCCAUCACUCCGGCUAUGUACCCGUCUAUCUACUCCAAAGUCGUUAUCCAAGGCCUCACCCCGACUGUCCCCAUCAACCUCGCCGAUAUGACCCAAGCCAUGGUCCAAGGCUGGAAAGCAGACGGCCAAUGGCCCCCUAAACCAACUUCCAUCGUUCUCCCCGACGACUCAAUGGUCCGCACCACAAAACACCCCGAUACCCCUGCCAUCCCUUCUACCGCAGACAAACCCCCCUCCUCCCCGGAAUCGAAAAGGAAAUCAGGAAUCGCAAGCACAGUCCGCAAAGUCCUGCAUUUCUCAGGGUUCCAUCCACAUCCGUUUCAUAGACGUGGCUCCUCUAGCCAGAGUCAUCCCCGUCCGGAGGAUCUCGCUGCAAUGGGCGCAACCAAUGCGGACCCUGCUGAACAUAAAUAA